AUGGGGGUGCACCUGAAGCAGCCAAUCACGAAACUGCAGAGAAGCCAACCUCCAUGGAAGACUCGCCUGGAAAGAAAAAUAAAUGUGAUCAGAAAAAAAAUCGCCUCCCUACACACUUACCUCAAUACUGAUUCGCCACCUAAUAAGGUUUAUAAAGCUGUCCGCAGAAUAGCAUCCGAACUCCAGAUUAAAGCUUGGACACCUGACUUUAGACAAAAGCUGGAGACCCUCUGCGACAAACUGAAACAGAGGGUAAAAGCAUUAGGUAACCGUAUGAAGCGAUACAACGAAAGAACCAAGAGAUACAAGAUCAACCAACUGUAUUAUAAAAACCAAAAGCAGUUCUUCAGAGACCUAGAAAACGGUACUGCCACAGAUGACAAACCACCGAAGGCAGAAGAUAUGCGCAAGUACUGGCAGGAAAUUUGGGGUAAAGACAAACAUCAUGACGAUGGAGCAGGAUGGAUAAGGGAAGCUGAAGCGGAAAGCACUAAGUAUGACAUGGAAAACAUUCACAUCACUAAAUCCGAUAUUGAAUAUGUGCUGAAGAAAACCAACAACUGGGCAGCACCAGGACCAGACAAGAUCCAUAAUUACUGGUGGAAAUAUUUCCCAAGCACCCACCAACCUUUGGCCACCCUAUUCCAGAGAGCACUUCGUGACCCCUCAACUAUCCCAAAAUCCCUCACAUUGAGUUGCACUCGGAUGAUACCGAAGGGCAACAUAACGACGAUCCCCAAAAAUUUUCGCCCAAUUACAUGUUUACCGACCAUUUACAAAAUCCUAACUGGCACCAUCACCAUGCACAUAUGGAAACAUGUGGGGAAACAUCAUAUUUUGGCGCGUGAACAGGCUGGAUGCUGUAAGGACGCGAAAGGCUGCAAAGAACUCCUUGUAAUCGAUCAGAUCAUCACCAAGCAGGCAAAAUGUAAACUCCGGAACAUAUCAGUAGCCUGA